UUAUUCCAUUAGAAGCAAAUAUCCACCACAUCUCCCAAGAUGGAUAAGUUUCGUAUGAUGUUCCAGUUCCUGCAGUCCAACCAGGAAUCUUUUAUGAAUGGGAUCUGUGGUAUCAUGGCACUGGCUAGUGCACAGAUGUACUCUGCCUUUGAAUUCAGCUGCCCCUGUAUGCCAGAAUAUAACUACACCUAUGGGAUCGGACUGCUAAUUGUUCCGUCUAUAUGGUUCUUCUUGCUGGGUUUCGUUUUGAACAAUAAUGUGUCCGUGCUCGCUGAGGAAUGGAAAAGACCCGCAGGACAACGAAGUAAGGAUCCUUCUAUCCUCCGCUACAUGUUUGUUUCUAUCACACAGAGGUCCCUGAUAGCACCUGCAGUGUGGGUGUCUGUCACGCUCAUGGACGGGAAGAGUUUCCUUUGCGCCUUCAGCAUCAACCUGGAUAUUGACAGGUUUGGGAAUUAUAGUUUCAUAACCGCGAUGUCAGAGACGGAGAGGAUCAAACUGCUGGCACGAAUUCCCUGCAAAGACCUGUUCGAGCACCAUGAAAUAAGAAUAGCAGCGUCACGAUACAUCAAGUGCAUUUCACAGGCAUGUGGAUGGAUGUUUCUGCUCAUGAUGACCUUCACAGCCUUCAUGAUCCGGGCCAUUCGACCGUGCUUUACCCAGGCCGCCUUCCUCAAGACCAAGUACUGGUCACACUACAUUGACAUUGAGCGCAAGAUGUUCGACGACACCUGUAAGGAGCACGCCAAGAGCUUCGCCAAGGUCUGCAUCCAUCAGUACUUUGAGAGCAUCAGCGGCGAGAUGCGCAGCCUCCACAAGCAUCGCUCAUACAAGAACGACAGCGAUGAUGACGACGAGGACAACAGGAGAAGUGAUGAAGACAAGCUUCUGGGUAUCAGGGUCCAGGAUGAUAUGAAUAAAGUUCUGAGGAACUGGCACAACUGUAAGCCAGCUCUGGCUCUGAGAAAGGAGAAUAUAGAUGGUGAAAAAAAUGGCAAACUAAAUGGAGACGCUAAUGGUGGGAUGAAUGGGCAUGUAAAGGGACACCCCCCUGAUGUGGAGAAAAAGGAAUGGGCGGUGUAUUACAGUAAAGUCUGA